CCGCCCCCCGGUUCCCCAGUCGCGUCGGGCGCUGGACGGGAGCGGAGCGUAGCGGAGCUGUGCUGUCAGCUCGCCCCGUCCCGAGCGGGCAGCGCCGGGGGGGAGCCGCCGCCUCAUGUGCUGAGGGAAGGCGGGAUGGGGCUGCGGGGAGCCGGCGGCUGGGCCGGCACCGCCGGAGCGCCGGCUCCCGGUUGGACGUGCCUCCUGCCGCUGCUGCUGUGCGCCGUGCUCCGGAGUCUGCUGGCCAGCCCCGGCAGCGAGGUGAAUUUACUGGACUCACGGACGGUAAUGGGGGAUCUAGGAUGGAUAGCCUACCCAAAAAAUGGGUGGGAAGAAAUUGGUGAGGUGGAUGAAAACUACGCUCCAAUACACACAUACCAAGUAUGCAAGGUAAUGGAACAGAACCAGAACAACUGGCUUCUGACCAGCUGGAUCUCUAAUGAAGGGGCAUCCCGCAUCUUCAUAGAGCUCAAAUUCACCCUGAGGGACUGUAACAGCCUUCCAGGAGGACUUGGGACUUGCAAAGAGACUUUUAACAUGUAUUACUUUGAAUCAGAUGAUGAAGACGGGAGGAACAUCAAAGAAAACCAGUACAUCAAGAUUGACACCAUUGCUGCUGAUGAGAGCUUUACAGAGUUAGAUCUUGGCGACAGAGUUAUGAAGCUAAACACAGAGGUGAGAGAUGUUGGUCCCUUAACGAAAAAGGGAUUUUACCUUGCUUUCCAGGAUGUGGGUGCCUGCAUUGCCCUGGUCUCUGUGCGUGUGUACUACAAGAAAUGCCCAUCAGUGAUCCGCAACCUGGCCCGCUUUCCUGACACCAUCACAGGAGCAGACUCCUCACAGCUGCUGGAGGUGUCAGGCGUCUGCGUCAACCAUUCAGUGACUGAUGAAGCACCAAAGAUGCACUGCAGUGCUGAGGGGGAAUGGCUGGUGCCCAUCGGGAAGUGCUUGUGCAAGGCAGGGUAUGAGGAGAAGAACAAUACCUGCCAAGUAUGCAGACCUGGGUUCUUCAAAGCUUCACCCCACAGUCCAUCCUGCAGCAAAUGUCCCCCUCACAGCUACACGCUUGAUGAAGCAUCCACAUCUUGCCUGUGUGAAGAACACUAUUUUAGGAAGGAAUCAGACCCACCUACAAUGGCCUGUACAAGACCCCCCUCUGCUCCUCGGAGUGCCAUCUCAAAUGUUAACGAGACUAGUGUCUUUCUGGAAUGGAUUCCCCCUGCUGAUACUGGUGGAAGGAAAGAUGUGUCUUAUUAUAUUGCAUGCAAGAAGUGCAACUCACACUCAGAUCUGUGUGAGGCGUGUGGCAGUCAUGUCAGGUACCUCCCCCAGCAAACCGGCCUGAAAAACACCUCUGUCAUGAUGGUGGAUCUGCUUGCCCAUACAAACUAUACCUUUGAAAUUGAGGCAGUGAAUGGAGUGUCCGACCAGAACCCUGGAGCCCGGCAGUUUGUGUCUGUAAAUGUAACCACAAACCAGGCAGCACCUUCUCCAGUCAGUAGUGUGAAAAAAGGGAAGAUAACUAAAAAUAGCAUCUCCCUUUCCUGGCAGGAGCCGGAUCGACCCAACGGCAUCAUCCUGGAAUAUGAAAUCAAAUAUUUUGAAAAGGAUGAAGAGACAAGUUACACCAUCAUCAAAUCCAAAUUGACGACGAUUACAGCAGAUGGCUUGAAACCAGGUUCAGUGUACAUCUUCCAGAUUCGAGCCCGGACAGCUGCUGGCUAUGGUGGCUUCAGCCGAAGAUUUGAGUUUGAAACCAGCCCAGUGUCAGUAGCUGCAUCCAGCGACCAGAGCCAGAUUCCUAUAAUUGUUGUGUCUGUAACAGUGGGAGUCAUUCUGCUGGCUGUUGUUAUCGGUUUUCUUCUCAGUGGAAGUUGCUGCGAUCAUGGCUGUGGGUGGGCUUCUUCUCUGCGUGCUGUUGCCUAUCCAAACCUAACAUGGAGAUGUGGUUAUAGCAAGGCUAAACAAGAUCCAGAAGAAGAAAAGAUGCAUUUUCAUAAUGGCCACAUUAAGCUGCCUGGAGUAAGGACCUACAUUGACCCCCACACCUAUGAGGACCCUAACCAAGCUGUCCAUGAGUUUGCUAAGGAAAUUGAAGCUUCAUGCAUAACCAUUGAACGAGUUAUUGGAGCUGGUGAAUUUGGGGAAGUCUGCAGUGGGCGGCUGAAGUUGCAGGGAAAGCGUGAGUUUCCGGUGGCUAUCAAAACUCUGAAGGUGGGCUACACGGAGAAACAGAGGCGAGAUUUCCUGGGAGAAGCAAGCAUCAUGGGGCAGUUCGACCACCCCAACAUCAUCCACCUGGAAGGUGUUGUAACAAAAAGCAAACCAGUAAUGAUAGUAACUGAAUACAUGGAGAAUGGUUCUCUGGAUACAUUUUUAAAGAAGAACGAUGGGCAGUUCACGGUCAUUCAGCUGGUCGGGAUGCUGCGAGGCAUUGCAUCAGGAAUGAAGUACCUGUCUGACAUGGGUUACGUACACAGAGAUCUGGCUGCCAGGAAUAUUCUAAUCAACAGCAACUUAGUCUGCAAGGUGUCAGACUUUGGCCUCUCCAGAGUCCUAGAAGAUGAUCCCGAAGCAGCAUAUACUACCAGGGGAGGGAAGAUCCCCAUCCGAUGGACAGCACCCGAAGCAAUUGCCUUCCGUAAAUUCACAUCAGCCAGUGACGUCUGGAGCUAUGGCAUCGUGAUGUGGGAGGUGAUGUCCUACGGCGAGAGGCCUUACUGGGAAAUGACAAACCAAGAUGUGAUUAAAGCCGUGGAGGAAGGCUAUCGCCUGCCAAGUCCCAUGGACUGCCCUGCUGCUCUCUACCAGCUAAUGCUCGACUGCUGGCAGAAAGACCGCAACAGCAGGCCCAAGUUUGAUGAAAUUGUCAGCAUGUUGGACAAGCUCAUCCGUAACCCAAGCAGCUUGAAGACAUUGGUUAAUGCAUCGAGCAGAGUAUCAAAUCUGUUGGUAGAGCACAGUCCAGUUGGGAGUGGCGCCUACAGGUCGGUGGGUGAGUGGCUGGAAGCCAUCAAAAUGGGCCGAUACACGGAGAUCUUCAUGGAGAACGGAUACAGUUCGAUGGAUGCUGUGGCUCAGGUGACCCUAGAGGAUUUGAGGCGGCUGGGAGUGACACUUGUUGGUCACCAGAAGAAGAUAAUGAACAGCCUUCAAGAGAUGAAGGUCCAGUUGGUGAAUGGAAUGGUGCCGUUGUAACUCGGUUUUAAAGUUGCUUCCUCAAGUGGGUUGGUCCUGCACUUUGUACACUAGCCCUGAGAUUUAUUUUGACUAAAAAAAAAAAAAAAAAAGAUAAAAAGGGAAAUUCAGUGGUUUCUGAAACUGAAGGAUAUUGGCCUCUGCUGCAGCGCUUCUAAAGCAGUGUUUUGACUGAAGUUUUCCUUUUCUUCCUAUUUGUGUCCUCAUUUUCAUGAAGUAAAUGUAAGAUGCAUGGGACAUGGAAACAAAUUUGCUGUACAUGAGGUUAACCCAUCUCUUAAGCUUCAGUGAUGACUACAGCAAGCCUUCCCACCACACGUUGUCUGUACAUGGGAGAUACAGAGAUAUAUAUAGCACCUUUCUAUACUUAAUUACAGCAGCACAUGGUAAUGCUUCCAAGGACUGACUUGAGCAGAGGAGUUUCCUAGCCAUUUGUGGGCUCCCAAAAGCUGAGGUUUGCUGAAGUUUCACUUCAAGUCUUACUUGUCUACAGAAGUGUAUUGAAGAGCAAUAUGAUUAGAUUAUUUCUCAAUAGAUAUUUUGUUUGUAAAUUGAAAGAAAUGGAAAAAUAAUGCUGUUACACAGCAUUAAGUUAUAGAUACUAGUGUAUAAACAUGUUGCUUGCUCCAUGCUAAAUACAAUACAGGGUGUAUAUUUUUUUCCCUCCCUCUGUGUUAUCAAGCUCUUUUUGUUUGCUCUUCUGGGAGGAUAAUACAUGAUGAAGAUGUAUAUACUGUACAGUUUGCUACGCAUCAGGUACAAAAUUGGGAUCUUUCCUUGGUUUGUACUUUUCUUCCCUCUCGCUUUGCUUUGGCUCCCUUUUGUGUUAACACUAUGCUUUGUAUUUUUGCUGCUGUUUGGUUUGAGCAACAUAUAAAGCCUUCAGGAGUUUUGACGGCA